AUGAUGCGACGCCCCUCCUCCUCCUCCUCCUCCUCCUCCUCCUCCUUCUCCUCCUUCUCCUCCUACAACUACCCAAUGCAUUCACAGAACUCUGGGGGUAGAAAGAGAGAGUGGGAUAGUUGUUGUGUAAGCCUCUCCACUGUAGUUAAACUCAUUCACAUGUCACCGCUGGACCCUCUGGAUAGUGGUAGUUCUGAUAUAGGCGCUGGCUAA